GUGGUAGGCCCUACAUGUCUUGCGUGUACUUGGGCAUCCGGCCGGUUGUUCCAAAGUUUAAUCGUCAGGUCGUUGUCUGGUUGUUGUAUGGUCAGGAUUGAUGUUCAGAUUGGCAUACUUGGCAUAAACCAAGGCAUCCAAGCCCAGGCUAAAUUUCAUUGGUUAAGGCCUAUGUCUUUUCGAUUUGUACUUCUCUCUGACAGAGUCUGAGGUUGGGGUUUUAUUUAUCUUGCUGGAGUGUGGUGGAGGGUCACAUUGCUAUGAAUAUAGACCUGGAACAGUAAUGACAGUAAUAAAGUCACACGGCCUUAGAAUUUACCUUGGCAUAGGCCUACUCUGAGUCUUACUAUAGUCUUACUAUAUUUGCAUACAUUUUCACGUUUCAAAAUUGCAUAAAAUCUGAACACCUCAUAGGCUCAUACAUUCAUCAAACUCAUGACAUUAUUAAUAAUAGGCCUAGCCUACCUCUGUAAUUACCUUGCUAAAUUAUAUACACCUCAUCAGUAGGGCCUAUUCAAAAUGACAGAAUUCAAGUGUUCUCUGUGUGUUUUUAGUAGCAAAUCCUAUGAAAGAUAUGUCUGUCACGUUGUGCGUUUUCAUAAAAGUGACCCCAAUUUCAUUGUGUUUUGUUCAGUUGACAACUGCUCAUAUUCAACAAAGAGCUGGGGUGCUUUUAAAUGUCAUAUGUCUAGAAAGCACAGAGAUCCGCAUAAUCAGAAUUUACAGGUCAGCGAUGAUGAAAGUGACACUGGAAUGGACAGUGACAAUGAGUUAGACCAUGCCGGAGGUGUAGCAGUUGAUGUUAGGCAUCGUAAUGCUGCAUUUGCAUUAGGUUUAGAGUGUGGUUGCAAUAUGCCAUCGUCAUCCGUUAAUGAAGUAGUCCAGAUGGUGUCAUCACUAAUUGACGAUCACUUGGCACAUUUCAAAACACAGAUAUGUAGUGAGUUCAGGCAAAAUGGAAUCCCUGAAAACAUAAUUAACACAGUCAACAGCAUUCCAAUUAGCAAUUCUCUGGGUGAUUUCAGUACACAGAAAAAUAGGAAUUCAUACUACAGUAAAGAACUGUGCUACGUUGCCCCACAGCGUGUAAUACUUGGAGAUAAGUAUGUUUCAGUUAAGGGAGAACUAGUCAAGAGAGAUGUUGUUGGCUAUGCUGUUCCCUUUAUUGAUAGUCUAAAAAACCUGCUGCAUAUGCCAGAAGUGUGGAAGUUUGUGAAUCAUCCUCACACUAGUCAGUCUGAGUACAUGUUUGACAUUUGCGAUGGGGCUUUCUUUAAGAUGGAUCCAGUAUUUGAAAGAAACCCCAGGGCUUUGCAAGUCAUCUUAAACACUGAUGACAUUGAAAUUGUCAACCCUAUCGGAUCACAUACAAAAAAGCACAAGUUGAGCAUGUUCUAUUAUACACUGGGCAACAUUCCACCUGAAUGUCGAUCACGUCUACAAACAAUCCAACUUCUUGCAGUGGCUAAAACAAAAGAUCUUCGUGAAAGUGGACCAGGGGUAUUGUUGAAGGACUUCAUUUCACAUAUGAGAACACUGUCCACUGGAGGUCUUGACAUGCAGGUUAAUGGAAACAAUGUACAUCUAGAAGGACAGAUUGUUGUAGUAGCAUGUGACACACCAGCAGCUCAGUGGUUUGGAGGAUUCAAGGAGGGUGUCUCAUUUGCACAUAGGGGAUGUAGAAAUUGUAAAGCAACAGGACAUGAAAUGAAGAGAACAUUUGUUGAAAGGGAUUUUGUCUUGAGGAAUGAGGAAGAGCACCGGAGACGAUGUAUCAUGCUGGAUGACAACUUGUCAAAACCUGCACGCAAUUACUGGAGCAGGCAGUGGGGCAUAAACAACCAAAAACAGAAAAUGUGA